GUGACACAGAUCUUUCAUCGGCUGGUUCUGAGACCUGAUCAACUGCUUCAGUCUUAAUUUACCGAAUUUUGAAACGACGAAUAUUUCUGCACUAAAUUUUUUUAGACUGAAUUUUCAUACACUGACUUUUUACACACGCGUCUGACAGCAGUGCGCAUGCGCCAAGGAGCCGCCUCCCUCCCUUACGCCAGCUCAGCUGACAAGAGCAGGCAGCGCAGCAACAACCGCUGAUGAUGGCAGACUCUGGAAGUCAUGAAGAAGUGGCAGUUAUCGGCAACACUGACAUUACGCCCACGGAAUCCGAGAACAACAUAAUCAACACGAUGGUGGAGAAGGGGAGCUCCCUGCUGAAAAAGCUGGAGAUCAAUGUGGCGGAGGCUGAGAAGAGAACAGGCAAAAACACCGUCAACAUGCAAGAAACGUAUACGGUCUACCUCAUAGAAACACGACCAGCUGAAACGGUGGCAGACGCAUCAUCACCCUCCACUCCCGACUGUCUGUGGAGGCGCUACAGUGAGUUUGAGCUGCUCCGAACAUACCUCCUGGUCACCUACCCUUACAUCAUAAUCCCUCCACUACCAGAGAAAAGGGCGGAGUUUGUGUGGCACAAGCUGUCGGCGGACAACCUUGACCCGGACUUUGUCGAGCGGCGGAGAGUCGGCCUGGAAAACUUUCUGCUGCGUGUGAUGUCACAUCCUGUCCUUUGCAAAGACAAUAUAUUUUUCCUCUUUCUCACAGAGGAGAAAUCCUGGAGGGAUGCCGUUCUGGAAACGGGUUUCCAAGACAAGGCUGAUUCCAGGUUGAAGUCCUUGAGUGCCAUGUUCAGAGUCAAGAACCCUGAUAAACGAUUUACAGCGCUGAAACAAUAUAGUGAUGAACUGAAUGCUGUCAUCUCUCAGCUUCUCAGGGUGAGAGCGAGAGUUGCGGACAGACUAUAUGGCGUUUACAAAGUCCAUGGUAACUAUGGCCGAGUUUUCAGCGAAUGGAGCGCUAUAGAAAAAGAAAUGGGAGACGGGCUACAAAGUGCUGGUCACCACAUGGACGCCUAUGCUUCAUCCAUUGAUGACAUUUUGGAGGAGGAAGAACAUUAUGCAGACCAACUGAAGGAAUAUCUCUUCUACACUGAAGCUGUCCGGUCGGUGUGUAGGAAACAUGAGCUGAUCCAGUACGAGUUGGAAGUAGCAGCUCAGGAUCUCGCCAGUAAGAAGCAGCAGAGAGAAGAGCUGGCCACUGGGAUGGUGCGUGUUUUCUCCCUAAAAGGAAUGACCAGUAAACUGUUUGGCCAGGAGAGCCAGGAGCAGAGGGAGAGCAGGUUGGCAUCCUUGGAGCAGAGCAUCCAGGAGGGAGAGCAAAUAAUGAAAGAGAAGAACACAGAGUGCCAAGAGUUUGUGCGAACAGCCUGGGAAGAUAUAGAGCGUUUUAAGGAACAGAAGGACAGAGAUCUGCGUGAAGCACUCAUCAGUUAUGCUAUCAUGCAAAUUAGCAUGUGUAAGAAGGGAAUCCAGGUGUGGUCCAAUGCCAAAGAGUGUUUCAACAAAAUGUGAGCCACGUUGAAGCCAAUCACAGCACCUCCACCUUCCACUCAAAAGAAUCCCCACAGAAUGUUCAGACCAGUGCCAUACUGGUCAGUUUAUAUCUUGCGGCCUAAUGGGGAUGUAACAUGAGCGCACAAAUACUUUGUUGGACAUGCUAAUAACGCACACUUUGUUGUGACUGCUUGAAUUAUUCAGUGAUCGAUAUUCAAUUUUCAAUCAAAGUUUGUCAACAUGACGCAGAAUCAUUUCAUCCUGCUUGGUUGUACGGCUGACCCACGUAAGGUACGACUAACACCAGACUCAUAAAUAACACGGCUUGAAUAUUUGAGAAGAUGUAACAAACUUUCUUUGGAGAUAACAGUGGUUUCCCUGAAUGUGAUGCCUCAAAAUGUUCAUUUGCUUUGUUCUUUUUUUUUUUACACUAAAUUAAA